GUAGCUGAGAGCAGGGUGGGCUUAUAGCCUACUUCUGAUCUGGUUAUUAUUAUUCUAAGAUGAAAACUAUUAAUUUCAUUUGAACAUGUGACGAUCUAGUAAUUAAAUGCAAUGAAAUAAAUACAUAAGUAUGCUGGUCGAUGCAUGUGUUCAUCAUGAUGCCCCGAUAAGUGAUCAUGAUGCAUUGCAUAAGCCUGCAGUAAGCCAAUCUGAUCUUCCCGCUGCGUCUGACUAUUGCAUUCAUGUCACUACAGCUUGUCCAGUGGAGCCUAUGAAGGAGAAACUUUCCACAGGAAUCCUGAUUGCUGGUUAGAAAAGGGGCAGAGGCAUGGCCCUGCAGGAAUCUCCCUUUCCUAAUGACUUUGUUGCAGGCCUCCAUGCUGUGGGAUGGGCAUUCAUCUUCCCUUGUUUCUGGUUUCUUGAUCGCCUCAUUGCUGUGUGGAAGCCCACCACCCUGGAGCAAAAGAAACAGGACUGCUUCCUCUUCGGCCUCAAGGUGUUCUUCGGCACCAUUAUCUUCUUCAUUCUUUUUCUCGCUGCAGCCCCUUUUGCCCUCCUGGGCUUUCUGCUCUGGGCUCCCCUUCAGGCCUGCCGCAGACCCUUUUGCUACCACAGAACAACACCAUCCUCACCAGAGGUGGAGAUACACAGGGGCUUUGAGCUGGUAGGAAAGGCAUCAUUUAGCUUUGCCACAGCCAACCUGUGUCUUUUGCCUGAUUCCCUGGCUCGCUUUAACAACCUGGGACACACCCAGCACAGGGCAACCACAGUUGGUCAGCGCAUUGUGCAGGGUGUGAGUCGUCCCCAUAUCCGCAUCUUUGUUGACUCCCCCAGCAGCUGUGGUACUCUCAGCCCCUCCAGCAGCAUACUCCCCACAGUUAACUCAGCUACAUAUGGGGCUACAGAAAGACAGGCCCAGCCUCCAGCAAGUCACGAUUCAGACACAGCUAAAGGACAAGCUUCAAUCCCAAAGUCCCAUAGUCGCGUGGUUUGUGUGCCCUGUGAUGAUACAGAACAGCCCUCGACAGAGUCACCCUCUCCCCUCUACAAUUCCAACGAGAACUUCAACCAGCAGGGGCGAACAGGUCACCGGAGUGCUCCCCGAGCCCUGUUCUCCCAAGGUCUCCGCCAACAGGACGAUGCACCCGUGGAGGUGUCCUCACUGUUUCCAGCCAAUGUGGAUAUAUUGUGCCUACAGGAAGUGUUCGAUAAGAGGGCUGCAUGGAAACUCACCCAAGCACUAAGACCCCUAUUUGGACACAUAUUGUAUGAUGUCGGUGUGUAUGCCUGCCAACCACCAUGCACAUGUUCCUCUUUCAAGUUCAUUAACAGUGGUCUGUUCCUAGCCAGCCGAUUCCCAGUGCUCGAAGCCCAGUACCACUGCUUUCCCAGCAGUAGUGGGGAAGAUGCACUGGCUUCUAAGGGCCUCCUUUCUGCUAAGGUACUUAUUGGGAAGAAUAAGAAACAGAAGAAACUGGUUGGCUAUGUUAACUGCACACACCUUCAUGCACCAGAGGAUGAUGGGGAAAUUCGCUGUGAUCAGAUGAACAUGGUAAUCAAGUGGAUUGGUGAUUUUCAAGCUGCCAACAGACAGCCUGAUGAGGACAUUGUUUUUGAUGUGCUCUGUGGUGAUUUGAACUUUGACAACUGCUCACCUAAUGACACCCUGGAACAGAAUCAGUGCCUGUUUAAUGAAUACAGAGAUCCUUGCAGGGCAGGGCCUGGAAAAGAGAAGCCCUGGGUCAUUGGUACUCUACUGGAGCAGCCUAAGUUGUAUGAAGAUGACGUAAAUACCCCAGAGAAUCUACAAAGAACUCUGGAAACAGAAGAGCUGAGAAAGCAUUAUAUCUCUCCUCCUGUUCCUAAAGACGGCCAUCCAUUUGAUUACCCUGAGCCUGGCCAGCCGUGGAUUGGACGUCGGAUCGACUACAUCCUGUACCGCGAAAGCUCCAUUUCAAAACAAUGCGGAACAGAAAUCGAAGAGGUGACCUUCAUAACCCAGCUGGCUGGCCUUGCAGACCAUAUUCCUGUGGGUUUGAGACUAAAUGUAACAAUGGACUCUGACUGUGCUGAUGAAUGAGGACUAAUGUGAGCACAACUUCAUGUUUGAACAAAGGGAACAAAAUGUAUAAAAAUGUACAUUGCUCCGAUCUAUACAGACACAAUAAUGUUUUGUUUACAUACUUGAAUAUGUGAUUUCAAUGACAGUGUACUUGACCAAUAAGAUUUUACCUCAGGUAUCAUUAAUAUGGAUUUAUUUAAAUUUUAUAAUGUAUACAAUUUUAUGCAUUAAAAGUUGCUCAGGGGCCAGAUGUACUGAUUUUGUAAAACAAUAUAUUUUUAAGAUUUUUCAUUCCGAAAUAUUUCCUACAGA